CAGGUGACAGAACCGUGGAAUGUCCUCUAAUGUUCAAGUGGAUGUUUACACGGAAGGCAUCUUACACUUGCGUGGAUCCGGGUACUGCGUCCGCGAAGACAAACAGGGAUUCGUUCGGUGGAGACGCAUCAACCCGAAGCGAAGCUACACCAAGACCAAAGAUGGCACUAUCAGGGAAACAAAGACUACUGACUGUGACUACCAGCCACAUGUACAGUAUCUCAAUUUCGACGAGCAAACUCUUCGUCCUUGAGCUGGACUCUGACAAGUGGCAGCCCGCUGGUCAGUUCCAAGGGUACGUUGUUGCCAUGGACUACUCCGAAAAUGUUCUCUAUCUCUGCCAGAAGAAUCCUGGUGGAUUAUUUACGACACAUGUUCAAGUUGGACGCAAUCAAGAGAAGCCGGAGAAAAUAAUUGACGGGGCAUGUACAAGCGUGGCUGUGGACCCUGUUGUGGUUCGAGCUUUUUUCAUCAACUCCUCGGGGCUGUGGUCUUACAACCUUGUUAGUAAAAUAAUCACGAAACUCCCAGUCGCUCUCCGAGGAAGGGCGAAUAGAAUUCGGGUCAUCGUUGAAACAAGGGAACAUGUUGUCUACGUUUAUGGCCGGUACAAGAGGGACAUCAGGAAGUAUGACCAUUCUGGGAAGUUUCUGACGUCAUUCUCCAUUGAAUAUCCUGUCAGGGACGUUGUCAUUUACUCUGGACAGUCACAUUCCAGUCUGUAUUGUACAUACACUGUGUCACCGUCGGUGGUAAAUAGAUACUCACUCCCAGGAUGGGCGAGGACAACUGACUUCAAACUCACUGAUACACACAGAUGGAAAUUAAUCUCCAGUCUAGCAGUCACAGAUAACAAGAUCUUUUUAACAUAUGGCAGGUUUUUACGGGUUCUGGAUAGCAAGACGCUUCGUGAAAAUUCAACACUAGUGUUUGAGACAUUUGGGGAAUCGUUCAGAAAUCUUCUAGUCAUUGAAGGGCAAAACGUAAUCCAUUAAGCAAAAAUGAUAAGAUCUGGACUAUUUUUGAUGCAAUUAUCAUAUCGUUCUUAGUAAGUAGAGUCGAA